GUGAGAUUGCAGCCAGUCCGGGGGAUCGGGGACAGACAUGGAGAAGGAGAUGGAGGACCCCCUGGCUGGAGCAGACCAACAGAAUAGGCAACUAUGGCUGGAGAACCGGGUAUCAGAGUAAUGCUUGACCUCGGGAAACACCAAAUUUCUUCUUCCGAUCGCAGAAGUAGUACUCGGCGAAAUUCACUAGGUAGGAGGCUCCUCAUCUGGGAAGAACCGGUGCCUGGGGGGACCUGGCUGGAUAGGUAUGGGGGAUCGAGGCCGGUCCCCUAGUCUCCGGUCCCCCCAUGGCAGUCCUCCAACUCUAAGCACCCUCACUCUCCUGCUGCUCCUCUGUGGACAGGCUCACUCCCAGUGCAAGAUCCUCCGCUGCAAUGCCGAGUACGUCUCGUCCACUCUGAGCCUUCGGGGAGGGGGCUCACCGGACACGCCACAUGGAGGCGGCCGUGGUGGGCCGGCCUCAGGUGGCUUGUGUCGCGCCCUGCGCUCCUACGCUCUCUGCACGCGGCGCACCGCCCGCACCUGCCGCGGGGACCUCGCUUUCCACUCCGCGGUGCAUGGCAUAGAGGACCUGAUGAUCCAGCACAACUGCUCACGCCAGGGUCCCACGGCCUCGCCCCCGGCCCGGGGUCCUGCCCUGCCCGGGGCCGGCCCAGCGCCCCUGACCCCAGAUCCCUGUGACUAUGAAGCCCGGUUUUCCAGGCUGCACGGUCGAACCCCGGGUUUCUUGCAUUGUGCUUCCUUUGGAGACCCCCAUGUGCGCAGCUUCCACAAUCACUUUCACACAUGCCGCGUCCAAGGAGCUUGGCCCCUACUAGAUAACGACUUCCUCUUUGUCCAAGCCACCAGCUCCCCGGUAGCAUCGGGAGCCAACGCUACCACCAUCCGGAAGAUCACUAUCAUAUUUAAAAACAUGCAGGAAUGCAUUGACCAGAAAGUCUACCAGGCUGAGGUAGACAAUCUUCCUGCAGCCUUUGAAGAUGGUUCUGUCAAUGGGGGCGACCGACCUGGGGGCUCGAGUUUGUCCAUUCAAACUGCUAACCUUGGGAGCCACGUGGAGAUUCGAGCUGCCUACAUUGGAACAACUAUAAUCGUUCGUCAGACAGCUGGACAGCUCUCCUUCUCCAUCAGGGUAGCGGAGGAUGUGGCACGGGCCUUCUCUGCUGAGCAGGAUCUACAGCUGUGUGUUGGGGGAUGCCCUCCGAGCCAGCGACUCUCUCGCUCAGAGCGCAAUCGCCGUGGGGCGAUAGCCAUAGAUACUGCCAGAAGGUUGUGUAAGGAAGGGCUUCCGGUUGAAGAUGCCUACUUCCAAUCCUGCGUCUUUGAUGUUUCAGUCUCCGGUGACCCCAACUUUACUGUGGCAGCUCAGUCAGCUCUGGACGAUGCCCGAGUCUUCUUGACCGAUUUGGAGAACUUGCACCUUUUCCCAGUAGAUGCGGGGCCUCCCCUCUCUCCAGCCACCUGCCUAGUCCGGCUUCUUUCGGUCCUCUUUGUUCUGUGGUUUUGCAUUCAGUAAGUAGGCCAGCAACCCGUGACUAGUUUGGAAACGGUUUGAGGAGAGAGGUUGAUGUGAGAAAACACAAAGAUGUGCCAAAGGAAACAGUGGGGACAGGAGACAACGACCUUACUCAAUCACACGAGGUUGCAGUCCAGGGCUGAAAUGACCCUAGAAUAAAGAUUCUGAGACAGGGUUUUGCACUCCAGACCUUGGUAUGGGCUCCCCAUGAAUUUCCCCAUUAGUGAUUUCCCACUUGUAGUGAAAUUCUACUCUCUGUACACCUGAUAUCACUCCUGCAAGGCUAGAGAUUGUGAGAGCGCUAAGGGCCAGCAAAACAUUAAAGGGCUGAGAUAUCUUAAAGGCAGAAACUAGAAAAGGGGAAACCAUGAUUAUCUAUAAGAAAAUCAAAAGAGGGGUUUGGGAAUUUAGCUCAGUGGUAGAGCACUUGCCUAGCAAGCGCAAGGCCCUGGGUUCGGUCCCCAGCUCCUAAAAAAGAAAAAAAAAAUCAAAAGAGAAAAAACUAAUUAAGGCAAGCUUUUUGGUUCAGAAAUGAAGUGGGCAUUGUCUGGCAGAGGAAGUCAGCUUUUGGAGACUGGCACCAACAUCUCCACCCUUCCUACUCUGUUAUUAAAGUGACGAAUUCCCCA